UCUGGCACAUCACUACGCUUUUGCAAACCACUAGAGAUUGUCAUUUUGUUUGUCAGAUAUUUAGUUGGCUUCGCUGUCAAUCGGAAAAUGGCAGCGACGAGUGUUGUCGUUCUCGACAGAGGAAAUAAUACAACUUGUACCGUAAAUCUUUUCGGUUGUACAGUUGUAUCAUGGAGGGUAAAUAAUCAAGAACAAUUAUUUGUAAGUAAACAAGCUAUAUUCGAUGGAAAGAGGCCUAUUCGAGGAGGGGUGCCCUUUGUGUUCCCUCAGUUCGGGGACUGGGCAUUCGGUCCGAUGCACGGGUUCGCGAGGAUCGCUCGCUGGCACGUCGAGAAAAUGCCGGAGCGACUGCCCAGUGGCGACGUGGAGGCCAUAUUCAGCCUGAUGGAUGACGACUUCACUAGGUCCAUGUGGCACUUUCAGUUCCGGCUGACGUACCGACUGAUCCUGCGCGAGAAGGAGCUCCACUUCAACAUCGGCGUGUACAACCCCAGCAAGGAGCUCACGUUCAGUUGCCAGCUCCUGCUGCACACCUACUUCAAGGUGCCCGAUGUGCGUCGCUGCCAGAUAACCGGUCUUCACGGCUGUAUGUUUAUUGAUAAGACGCGAGAGGGCGUGAUGUACCAAGACACUCGCGAGGUGGUGACCAUCAACGAGUGCACGUCCAGGAUCUACCAGAACACGAUGCAGGAGCACAUCAUCACCAACGUGGUGAGUGGCAGGAAGAUGCGGAUACAGAAAUAUAACUUCCCCGAUACAGUGAUCUGGAACCCAUGGGCCGAGUUAGCGAAAGAGAUCCCGGAUCUAGGAGACGACGAGUUCCCGAACAUGGUGUGCGUAGAAGCGGGACGUAUCGCGACACCCAUCGUACUCCUGCCGGGCACCGCGUUCGAGGCCAGCCAAAUAUUGCAGGUUAUGUAAGCAGUGCAAGAGGCGCCCUCCGUCCAAUGAAGCGAUGUCAAUUCGACGUAAAUGUUCGACAAUAUUACUUAUACCGGCUUUCUAUACAAAUAUUAUACAAUUAGAUUAAGGAUUGGUCUCCGCUGCGCUCCAACUAGAUACUGCACUAUCUAAGAACAAUACCUUUUUUAUUACGGCAACUAUGAGAUGAUUGUGUGCGCGGCAUCUUGACACUCGAUGGCAUCUUUCAAAUUUUGUAACAUACGCUUCGUGUUAUUUUACAUUGAAAUUAAUAAAAUGAAAAAUACUUACUGAUGAUAUGAGGUGAUCCCAGUGUCUUUCUUAUUUCUUGUAGUAUUAAUUAUUAGCAAAGUUUAUCAGAAUAUGUAGCAAGUCAUCGUGACACAUUGUUCGAGACUGGCUCGAGUAUGCCCACUUUGGCGAAGUAAUAGUGGCUGCAAUUUGCGACUACGCCUGCGGUAUCUAGUUGGAGCGCAGCGAAGACCAAUCCCUAAUCUAAGAUUAUACAAUAUUUUAUUGUAGUACGAAGGACUAUCACAUUUCAUUACAAGUUAAUGCUGAUUAUUGUCAAUAUUAUUUUGUAAAAUGUAACCUAAAAUUAGUGUUUCCUCAAUAAAUCAUAUCAAAGCCUUGAAAACUAUCGUUACGGAAAUUACUAUAAGAACAUAUACUUCUUUGCUAAUUUUUAAUUAGAUUUUAGUCCUUCGUCCAUUAGUCUUAUCAAUACACAAAACUAUAUAUAUAUAAUGUGCAUUUAUAUUCAUAAUAAAUAACAAGCUUCCUAUUACUAGAAAUAUCAUUUGUUCAUAAUAAUAUCGUAACUAAUAGGUAUAUUUAGCCACUGAACUGUAUAAAUACCACCGGACAGGCUGUUCCAUAUCAUUGACAGCAAUUGUUUUGUUUCUAUUUGAAGCGCCACUCGCGACCGUCCAGAGAACUAAUUUUAAUAAUAAUAAUUUUUUAUUUGCGAAAAACUGCCACCAAAUUUUUUACAAGUACAAUAGAUAUGAACAAUUAACAUUAUAUAAAGAAAAGAAAAAAUAACAAUACAAAUGUUAAAAAAUAAUAAAGAAAGAGAUAUUAAUGCUUUAAAACAUGGAAGGAUCAUUUAAUAACUAGAAUGAUAACAAACGAGGCAGCAGCGCGAUUCGCAAAAAGGAAAGUUCUCAGCAAACGUUAGGACGUAUUUUCCUAACACACACUAAUUUUGACGUAUAAUACAAAUGGCUGCGAAGGAACGCACAAUUAUACUCUGAAGUAUUUUUGCAUUUCGUAUUAAUUUCGUUCGUUUUCCGUAUUAUUUAUACUUCAAGAAUCAACGUAAUAAAGUACACAAAUUUUUUUUUGGAAAUAGUUUCCCACCAUAUAUCGCUGUUUUCCUGAGGUUGCCGUCACUAGUUUUAGUACCGCAGACACUCGCUACAAAGAAACAGCGCCAAAAUGGCGAAUAUCAAACAGGCACAAAAGCAAUUUGACAGCUGCCAGUCCAGUGGUACAUAGUAGAUGUCAGUGAUAUUAGCUAACGUAAGCACAAACUAUUAUCUUUAUAAUAUCGCCUUAGGCAUUAGUGGAAUCUCAAGAUUGUCGAACUAACAGUACUUAAAGCAGUGUAAAACUUUUAAUACAUUUCUAUUAUUUUUUAGAAUUUUUCUGUUACAAUUUUACCUAACAUUCCAUUUACAAAUUCAUUCGAAAUUCAAUACGAUUCCAUGUUAUUUGUUUAGGAUUUUUUUUAAACUUAUGUAUGGUCUUAGGGUGAAGGAUAUUCCCAAUAUUCAUUUUAUCUCCAGUUGUGGCCUACAUGAAAAAAAAUCGUAACUAUCGUCGACUUUUCUGUCCCAAUAAACUUAUCGACGGUAACUCACCUUAUCCGUACACGCUGUCUGUCAAUGGGACGACGUAUAGUUUACCAGCGAUAGAAGUUUAUAUGGAAAUUGCAAUUGACGCGUAUAUAUAACGCGAUAAGAAAGACUUAUCGUGUAUAUUGGGACAGCUUCAGAUUAUUGACAGCUCAUUACCGACAUUAGAAGGUAGUAAUUUAUCUCUAUCUGUAGAUAGUAUAUUGGGAACGGCCUUUAGGCAUUAGUGGAAUCUCAAGUUUGUCGAACUAACAGUACUUUAUGCAGUGUAAAACUUUUAAUAGAAAUUUUGCCUAACAUUCCAUUUACAAAUUCAAUUACGAUUCCAUGUCAUUUGUUUAGGAUGUCUUUUUUAACAACUUGUUUAUGGCCCUAGGAUGAAGCUUUUUUGAGCCUUGAUGAGGUGUAAAUCUUUAGAGUUGCCAGUAUAACUUCUAGAAACUCCCGAAAUAGCAUCAUAUAUUGACAUAGUCAGCAAAUUGUUAGUGGAUUAUUAAUUUAUCUUGCCUAUUAUAAAAUACUCUUUAAAACUAUUAUUAUGAAAAAUUAAGUGCUUCCUUUUUAUUCUUGUUCUAUUUACACUAGUGAUGUCGUUAAAACUAAUUUGUUUAGUUUUUAUAUCUUGUUUUUCAAAUAUGAUUAAUUUCUUAUAAAUUACAAUAAUGUAUAUGAAUUCUCCAGUUGACAUGUUAAAAUGUUCCGACGUCGACUUGGCUUUUAUUUACUUGGAAAUGGUUGUGUAUAUAUUGUUUGUACAUGUGACUCUGUUGCACGUGAUGUACAUUUUUAUAAUAUACUUUUUGUUCGGACACUUUUGGAGGCUUUUAAAGUAUACGAUAUAAUUAUAAGAAUAUGUACUUAGCAUAAAGUUCCUCAAACUUUCAAUAUGACACUAAUAUAAUAAUUAUUCUACGGAUAUAUUGCAAUGUUGAAACGUAUACAUCAAACCAGUUGAAUGCAAUAAUUAAUAUCUGUUAAAUUUAAUAUUUUUUGAUAAUUAAAUAAGUACUAUUAUUUAAUAUUAUAAUUCACUCUCUUUUUUCUAAGGAAAUUUUAGUGUUUUUCGCAAUAAACUAGAUUUCUUUUGGGGUUCAUUUUGCAUUCUUUAGAAACAAACUUGUUGAGUGUCAUAUACUUGCUGACCCGACAGACGUUGGUCUGUACGUAUUAAAUUACUAUUUUUUACAAAUAUGUCUAUAAUAUUUCAUAACAUAAAGAAUUAUUUCGUAAAAUAUGCUACCUGUUGUUGGUCAAACCAUGCUUCAAUAAAUUCUCUCAUAGAAAAUAUGUCCAUAAAAAUAAUUAUGGGUCCCAAAUAGAAAUAAAAACUAUUCUAUCUCUAAAGAUAGACUAUACUACACUCCAUCAAGUAAUCCCCAUUAAAAUACGGUCAUUGGUUCCCGAGUCUGUUCCGUCCUGAUCCAUUCAUGACUUCACAGGAAACAAACCUCAGGACACUGGAGUUAUAUAAUUAAGAAGAUUAAUUUCUUUUAAUUCUAUAUUUUAUACAUAUUACAAUGAUUUGUAUCUUUUGUGCAAUUGAAUAUUGGUAACAUAAUAAUAUUGGUCAUCUGACAACUGUGUUUGAUGUGUAACAACAUUGUAUUUAAAAAUACUGUAUAUUAUGUGACUCUCUUAUAAGCUCUCUCAUUUAUAGGUUAUACACGUGCUAACGAUACAUGCUUGAUGGUAAUAAGUACAGCUUCUUCAACAAACUAUUUGAUAAUAGGUUUAUGGUUUAGAAUAGUUAAGCUUAUUUUAAUUUUCCAAGUAUUUAUCUUAAAUAUAAAGAAGAGAACAAAGCAAUUCAUUAUAAAACUAGAGGGUUGUUGUUCCAUAAUAAUUGAAUUUAACUGAACUUGCCUAGUUGCCAGAGAUUAUCAUCAGCCAUGUGUUCGGUGGAGCAUGUGUAUACAAUAGGUAGUUAUUUUUUACAAUUUACAAGAGUGAUGUCGGGUGUUUGUUGUAUGUAAAUUUGGUAAUAAUGGGGUCUGAUAAUCAAAAGCAACGAAGUGUACUUCCACAGGUGCAAUAAAGUAAUUACAUUA